UCUCUGUUAAGCUGUUGCUGCAAUUUCAGAAUUUGAACACAACUACAAAUUCACCCAAAAUUCUAAAAUCAUAUUCUUUUCUCCCAACAAUCAGGGCAAACACAUAGACAUUCAAAAAAAAAAAAAAAAAUUCAAAACUUAUGUAGAACACCAAUGAUUCUCACUGCAAAUUCAAAUUCUUUGAAACCAUAAAAAAACUAUGAAAUCAGCGUCACGACUGAAUGCUUUUCCCUCUGGCAUCAUUAUCGUGGCUGGGAAUUUCAAGAAAUCUCAAUCUCAAUCUUCUAAGGACUCUGACCCACCUCCAAGGAUCACAACAAAUGUUAAGCAGAAUUGGCAAUUUUUGAAGUUGUGGAAGGAAUUCCAGAAAAGCAAAUCCUGCACACCUAAGCCAGCUACUAGCUAUCGUCGGAAGAAGGUGGAGAAGGAGGACCUUCCCCCAGAUGCAGAGCUUUAUAAGGAUCCAACCUUGUCACUCUAUUAUACAAGUCAGGUUGUUGAUAGUGUUGUACCUGUCUUGCUUGUUGAUGGUUAUAAUGUUUGUGGCUACUGGGUGAAACUAAAGAAGUAUUUCAUGGGUGGACGACUUGAUGUAGCUCGGCAAAAGCUAGUUGAUGAACUUGUCCAGUUCAGCUUGGUAAGAGAAGUAAAGGUGGUGGCUGUAUUUGAUGCUAUGCUGUCUGGACUACCUACCCACAAGGAAACUUUUGCUGGGGUGGACAUAGUUUUCUCUGGGGAUUCGUGUGCUGAUUCAUGGAUAGAAAAAGAGGUUGUUGCGUUGAGGGAAGAUGGCUGUCCAAAGGUUUGGGUAGUGACAUCUGAUCAUGCCCAACAACAUGCAGCUCAUGGAGCGGGAGCAUUUGUUUGGAGCAGCAAAGCACUGGUUACUGAGAAUUGGCAGCAAGUGGGACAAACGGGAACCUGGCGGCUGGCGCGCAACGCCAGAACCAGCGCGUGUCAAACAGAUUCCAUAGAUCUUGACAAGAAGAUCAAGAUUAAGGCUUCAAAGAAGGAGAUGGAGAAAAUGCUUCAAGAGCAAAGAUCGACUUCCAUGCAAGGGAAAUUGCUAAAACACAACCUGGACACAGAGGUUGUAGAUGCUUUGAAGGACCUUAAGAUGAAGUUGUCCCAGAAUGGAUCAUAACAUCCUGUUAGGAUUAAAGCUGUAAGUAUUUCCUUUGAUACAUGCUUUGAAUUAUCGUAAAUAGUUAUCAUUUUUCAAGGAUGAGAUAAAUAAUCUUACAGUUGAUCAUUUUGAACUUAAUGUACAUAGUCAUGGACAAAAGAAUGUGAUAGGUCUAUGAUUCCAAUCAAUUUUAUUCAUUUUUAUUUCUUGUGAAUACUUAGAACUCAAAGAUCGACUUUUGUACCUCUCAAAUUAAAUCGUCUCUAGAUACAACUUUUAUGUAUAUUAUUGGUGUUAGAAACAGCAGAUUGUCAUUGUUGUAAGUGUGGCCACGAAAGGGCAUUCGUUGUGUUA